AUGCUUGACGAUAUUACUCCCCUGGCCCCAGCCCACCUAGGGGCUGUUUGCCUGCUCCUCGCGGUUAUGCUCUGGCGUCGCUAUGCUGCCAUGCGUAGCGACUUCAUUGCAAGCAGCAAGCGAAGACAUAAUCCGGGCUCCCCUUUGACCUUCCCUUACGUCUUACCGAUCCUGGGGAGUCUUCCAAUAAUGUAUCUAUGGGGACCAAGAGCCUUUGUUUUGAGCAAGAGCAACUUUUUCCAGAGUGUCCACCCAGUUCGAGUCAAGAUUAUCACCCAGGAGUUCUAUGUGCUCUGCGGACCGGAAAAUAUCAAGGCCCUGUUCAAGGGGUCAUGGGCGUGUACAUCCAUUCCGUUUGUCAAAUUCGCCCUCGGAUAUGCCUUUGGCCUACCAGCCAAGGCGUUGAGUCUCUACGACAAGGAUGACUCUGGCGGUGGUCCAGUGCCUCACCCAGGAAGCUCUGUGGAAGCCCAUAAUCGUAUCGACUACCGAGUGCAUCACUCCUUGACCAAGUUUCUAGAAGGCAAAGGGCUUUUACCAUUCUGGAACAGAUUUACGGACAAUAUCACGGAGCAAUUACACAGUUUUCACGACCGCCUUGAUCCUGACUGGAAUUAUUAUAGCGAUUUGAUGAAAGUCGUCGGAGAUGAGACAACCGUCUCAAUCAUCAAUGCGCUUUGCGGACCUUAUCUCUUGAGUCUAAAUCCAGGCUUCCUACAGGACUAUUGGGAUUUUGACCGUAACCUCCAGACUUAUCUUCAAGGUAUCCCUUGGUACAUUGCACCAAAGGCGUAUGCAGUUCGCAAGAGGGCAUUGAAUGCCGUCAAGGUUUGGCAGCAGCAUGCGAGAGACCAUUAUCAUGACUCGGCCGUUAGUGCUGAUGGCGAUGAUCCUUACUGGGGAAGCAGUUUCUUCCGAGAGAGGCAAAAGAUGUUUCUUGAGAUGGACGGUUUCGACCAUGACGCCAUCGCAUCCGAGGACUUUGGAGCAAUUUGGGCGGUGCGAAAUUCCAUUACUGCCGCGUCCUGGGCAAUCUUUGAAAUAUAUCGCGACCCAGAACUACUUGCCAGCGUGAGGGCCGAGGUUGACCAAUGUGCGCGCAAAAGCCAAGACGGCCGUAUUCGAUUUGACGUUGACCCACUGCUUCGCCUGCCAGUCCUCCAAGCCGUUUAUGCCGAGACUUUGCGCCUCAGAAUGCAUUUCUACAUCAUCAGGAUGUCAGACAAGACUGAUAUGAAUGUUCGAGAUUGUAUCAUACCCAGGCAAAAGGUCAUUGUCACCCCGACGACAGUUGCACACAUGAAUUCUGAAGUUUGGAGCACCGGCUUGCGGAACGAACACCCCGUUGAUCAAUUCUGGCAUGGAAGGUUCCUCAAGACCCCGUACGAAAACUCUCUCAAUGAUGCAGAAUCACGUGGAUCUGCUACUCCUCUAAGAUUCUCGACGAAAGAGUUGGAAGGAUCGUGGAUCCCUUACGGCGGUGGGCCAAGGCAAUGCCCUGGCCGACACUUUGCGAAACGCCAGAUCCUACUCACGACCGCCUUGAUGGUAAGCCUUUUUGACUGCGAGAUCUUAGGGGAGGGCAAGAGUGUGCAGGAGGACUUUACGCUCAAGGGGUUCGGAAGUGGUGUAUCCCAUCCAGCUGGCAAAGUGCCCGCGAGAUUGAGGCGAAGAAAUAGGGACAAUAUGUAA